UCUCAAUCUCAAUCUUCCACUUCCACUGCACACAAAUAAACAUUAUAAAUUACAAUUGAGUGAUAUUCUGUUUGUGUCAUUAGGUUGUCACUGUCAAUAUUUUAAGCAAAGAUGAUCAUUCCUGUCCGCUGUUUUACUUGUGGUAAAGUCAUUGGAAACAAAUGGGAAGCUUACCUUGGACUUUUACAAGCGGAGUACACUGAGGGUGAUGCUUUGGACGCGUUAGGCUUGAAGAGAUAUUGCUGCAGGCGCAUGUUGCUUGGCCACGUUGACUUGAUUGAGAAACUCCUCAACUACGCUCCACUUGAAAAAUAAACUUGUAGCCUGUAGCCUAACAUUGAUAUGUCAAAUUUGUAUCAAGUACUGACUUUUGUAUAAAUUUAAAUCAAGAUUUUUUAGAUAAGGCGACUGUGAUUAUAACAUGUAAGAUUUUUAAUAAAAAAAAACAUAAAACAUUA